AUGUCCAACUCCCAACCCAACGCCUGGCAAACCACCCGCUCCUCCAACAACAACACCAACACCUCCAACCGCACCUCCGCCUCCUCCUCCCGCACCCCUCAAUCCCGCUCCACAUACGCCUCCCCCGCGCCCCAAAACCCCUCCAAACCACCCUCCUCCGCCCCCGGCGGAAACGUCUGGACGCAACGCGCCGCGGCCGCCGCCCAGCAGACGCAACAACCCCAAGCGCCCUCGAGCUCGAGUUCGAUCAAUGGUCCAGACGAGCAGCACACGCCUCUGAAUGGAUUCAACUCCGCGGAAGUGAAGGGUUUUCUGGGGAGGGAGGCGGCGCCCGCGGUGUAUAAAUUGCAGGAGGGGCAGGGUGGGCAGAGGAAUAGUGGGAGUGCUUGGGGGUCGAAGGCGAACCAUAUGGCGAAUGGACAGCCGUUUUUCUUGCAGCUUGCGAAGCAGGUUGCUGCUUUUGAGGGGGGUGGUUGA